AUUUAUUUGCCAUAAGUACUGCAACUCUAUAAUUGGAUCUCUUGCUAAAUUGUAAUCGCGCAUACGUACUGAGAGCAUGUCUUCUUCUUCUAUGGCCUUUCAAUCAGGAGCUACUUCCUCUUCUUCAUCUCCUUCCAUCCAUCCAUGGAAUCAUGAUGUAUUCUUGAGCUUUAGAGGUGAAGAUGUUCGCCGUAACUUUAUUUCCCAUCUAUACCAAGCUUUGCUUCAAAGGGGAAUCAAUACUUACAUAGACAACAAUCUUGAAAGAGGGGAGGAGAUUUCACUGGCACUUUUCAAAACUAUUGAAGGGUCAAUGAUUUCUAUCAUUGUAUUCUCUAAAAACUAUGCAGAAUCUAGAUGGUGCUUAGAUGAGCUAUUGAAGAUUCUUGAUUGCAAGGAAACAAUGAAGCAAAUUGUUCUACCAAUUUUUUACGACGUAGAUCCAUCAGAUGUACGGCAUCAGAAAGGGAUUUUUGGAAAAUCCUUUGAUAAACUUGGAGAUAAGCUCAAGGAUAAUGCAAAGAUGCUGAAAUGGAAGGUAGCUUUGCAAAGAGUAGCUGAUUUGUCUGGUUUCCCAUUAGCGAAAUUCCGGGAUGAGUCAACAUUUAUCCAAGAAAUCAUUCAAUGGGUGGACAUAAGAAUAGUAAAUCAAACACCUUUUAGUGUUGCAUGCCAUCCAGUUGGGAUAGAGUCUCGUAUACGAGACAUUUAUGAUCAACAUCUAAAUAUCGAAAUGAAUGAUAUUAUACGCGUGGUAGGGAUAUUUGGAACCGGUGGAAUUGGUAAGACAACUAUUUCAAAUUAUAUCUACAACCGAAUUUCUUCUCAAUUUGAAGGAAGUUGUUUCUUAAAAGACGUUAGAGAAACUUCAAAAAGGAAAGGAGGUCUACUUGAACUGCAAAAUAGACUUUUGUCCAAGAUCUUAGGAACAAAAUCGAAUAUUGAUGAUGAAGACAGAGGCAUCAAUGUGAUAAGGCAUAGACUUUCCUCUAAAAGAGUUCUACUAAUUCUUGAUGAUGUGGAUGAGUUGGUCCAAAUAGAAAAGUUGGCUGGAGAUCGUGAUUGGUUUGGCUCAGGAAGUAGAAUUCUCAUCACAACAAGAGAUCAACACCUAUUAGAAGUCUUUGAAGUUGAUUCAAAAUACAAGGUGAAGAUUUUGGAUGAGAAUGAAGCUCUUCGACUGUUUAGCUUGCAUGCUUUCAAGAAAGACGAACCACUUGAAGGUUAUGUGGAGCUCUCUAAACAGGUAACAAAAUAUGCUCAAGGUCUUCCACUAGCUUUAAAAGUGCUAGGUUCAGAUCUAAAAGGUCAAAGUAUAGAUGAAUGGAAAAAUGCAUUGGAUAAAUAUAGAAAGAUUCCCAACGAUGAUAUUCAGAAAGUACUCUUAGUGAGUUAUGAAGGUCUGCAUGCUACUGAGAAGCAAAUAUUCCUUGAUAUUGCAUUUUUCUUCAAAGGAGAACCUUUGGCAAAUGUCAUGAAAAUAUUUGAUUGUUGUGGUUUUUCUCCGGUUCAUGGAAUCAAGAGGCUCAUAGACAAGUGUCUUAUUACUAUUGAAGAGCAUUAUAAUAAAUGUGUCAAGAUGCACGAAUUGCUACAAGUUAUGGGACGAGAAAUUGUUCGACUAAAAUCACCGGAAGAACCUAGCAAACGUAGUAGACUCUGGUUUCACGAGGAUAUCCGUGAAGUGUUGGAAGAAAGUACGGGGCCAAACAAAAUUGAAGGCAUAGUAUUAGAUUUACCUAAAGGCGAGGAGGAGAUGAUAAGCUUGCAUCCGGAAGCAUUUCAACAUAUGAAAAGACUUGGAAUCUUUAUAAAUCGUAAUGCAUGUUUUUCUUGUGCACCCAAUUAUCUCUCUGAGAAGUUAAGAGUACUUGAUUGGUCUCGAUAUCCUGGAGAGUCUUUGCCACAUAAUUUCCAAGGAAAGAAACUCAUUUUCUUUAGUAUGCAUGCUAGCCUCAUAAAAGAGUUGGGGGAUGGAUUCAAGCCCAAGAAUUUGACGACUAUGACUUUAUAUGAUUGUAACUUCUUAGAAAAGAUUCCAGAUCUUUCAAGCAUCUCAAAUUUGAAGAAAUUGAGUGUCAUGUGUUGUACAAGACUAGUUGAGGUGCAUGAUUCCGUUGGAUCUUUGGAAAAUCUUUCUCUGUUGAAUUUUUAUGGAUGCUCUAAACUCCAAAUCCUUCCAAGAAGCCUCAAUUUGAGAUCUUUACUUCAGCUUUGUUUUGAUGGAUGCUCAAGCCUUCGUUAUCUUCCUAAAAUCGAGUGUAAAAUGGAAUGUUUAAGGAAGUUGUCUCUAAAUGGCACUGCAAUAGAAGAACUACCUUUAUCCAUCGCGAACCUCGUUGGACUUGAGGUUUUAUCUCUAUCGAACUGCAAAAACCUCCUGCGUCUCCCAAAUAUUGUUUGCAAUCUCUUGCAACAUUUAGAAUUUUUCUCCAUUGCUGGUUGUUCAAAUCUUGUAAACAAGAUGGGGAAUGAUGGGCCAUCCCAUCUGGCUAUUGAGUCUACAAAAAUGAAAGAGGAGAUAUCAUUAUGUGAAGAACCACUCCAUGAAUUGGCGCCUCCAACGAAUUCAAGCAAUUGGAGCACUACAUUACAAGAAUCGAAUCUUCAAAUUAGUUGUUCCCAUUCAGAAUCAAAAUUCUUUCCAAUAUCUAGUUUAUUUACCAUGUUUAACUCCUCCGUCAGUUUGAAAUCGUUAGAUCUAUCAAAGAUUGGAAUUGUUAGCCUUCCCACAAGCAUCAAAGAAUUCGUUGCACUAAUUCAACUUCACUUGCACUAUUGUGAGAAACUUGAAGAAAUAAUAGAGCUUCCACCAAAUAUAAGACACGUAAAUGUUGAAGGAUGCAAGUCAUUAGAGAGAUUUUCGGAAGUAUCAAAAAUAUUGGAAUUCAAUAGAAGCCACAUCAGAUCGCUACAAAGAAUUUAUUUGUCCGGUUGCGACAAAAUGCAUGUGAAUAUAUGGAAUGAUAAAGUGCAAAAUCCAUUAUUGUGGAAGGGAGUCUAUGAAUAUGAUGCUACUUUGUUUCCAGAAAAUCAGAUUCCAGAGUGGUUGAGUUAUGUUCAUGAGUUUUUAAAAGAUAAUGAUGAUGGCAGACGGAGGGGAGCAAAAGAAGAGUGGGUAAUAGAUAUUGAGGGGCCACACUAUUUGGAGGAGAUAAGCGGAAUUGUAUUAUAUGGCGUAAUAUUUUUUACAGCUAAGUUUUUCGUUCAUGGUGGUAUUGAUAGAGCUAAGAUAACUAGUAACAGCUCAAAUUAUGCAUGCUAUAUUCCAGAAGGGGUACAUUUGAUUAAUACGAAUUCGGACAGACCAAUGGAAAAUAAGCCUGCAUAUACUAUAUGGGUGGGGUACUCCAAUUUACAAUCUUUUGGAGUAAAGGUUUUGGACAAUUUGCGAGUUCAAUUUGAUUUACGUCAUCAUUCCGAUGGGAUGGUGCCGUUUUAUAAAAGUUGCAGAGCGAAAGUGGUAUACAAGAAUGAAAGGAGAGCAAAUAAAAAAAGAAAAUUAGAAGAAGAAACAACCAAACUGUGUAUGGAGAGUGAGACGCAUGCGCAUGAGAGAUUGAAUCAGAGCAGUGAAUGUGUGGAGUGAUGCUACAAUGACACAGAGCUCCAUCCAGCAUUUGACUGAGAACAAGUUUGUGCAGGGCAACCCAAGUAUUGUAUGGUUUUGGUUUUGGUUUUGCUCUGAGUUUUGUACUAUUUGUCUAAUCUGGCAAAGGCAUGUAUUAUCCCGUAAGAUCUCUUUAUGAUUGUUUUUGCCAAUGAUA